AUGCACAGCAAAGAAGAGUUGUUUUCUAUUAGCGGAAGUAAAGACGUGCGAUUUGUCGUUGGAGAGAUACAGAAAAAGGGAGAGAGUUUUUUGUACAAUCAGGGGACCAUUUCCGUGGGGAUUGAAAUAUUUUACAAGAUAGUAUAUUCGCUGUACAUGCGAGGAAACGUGCAGGGAUUUGAUAGUCUUAGCUGUCUGCUGGUAGGACUGCUAGACAUUGCAGAAAAAGUAGCGGGGUCUUCUCGGCAGAUCUCCAAAAUAAUAGCAGAAGCACACAUAGCAGAAGGAUACCCGCUGAACAACGAAGGAGUGCGGAAAAUAGUUGCAAAUGAAAAAAUAAUCAUGCAGUUCACACACGCGGAGCACAGUCUGUACAGGGAGGCGUCUUCUCAGUCUCUUCUGCAAACAGAAGUAAUCAUUUGUUCUCUGAUUGAGUUUAACUUUUUCUUUUUGGAUUUGCAUGAGAUACUGUGGGCUGCUCUCACAAAUAAAAGAUACUCCUCCAGGGUAAGAAGCAUUGCAUGGAUUGUUCUGACAGACGCUCUUUCGUAUCCAUUUUUAGAGCACUUCUCAUCGGAGAUCAUCAUAAAAACCGUUGAAAAAAUAGCUCUGAAAAUAGCUGAAAAGACGAGCACGAAUUGCAUUAUCAUAGACAACGAGCAGCAAGAUGUUUUAAAGCUAGAAGAAGAAAUAAUCUCUAUAUACGUAAAUAACUGCAGGUCCUCAGAGUUUAUUCAGAACAAAGAAAGCAAGACGGAUCGGGACACAGAAGAUGCAUUUGAAAUACAGGAGCACGGUCACCAGAAUAAAAAAUGA